GCGCGCCUGAGCUGAGGCCUCGCAUCAGCCAGUGCGUUCUUUCCCGAUUUGGGGGAGUCUCCGCCACCUGAAAUCGCCGCCUAAGAGGAAAUCACAAGUGCCUGAUGCUUUUCUUCGCUCAGUUGGAGAAACUCAUCCCAAGGAGAACGUGCACCACGAUCGUGAUGUAGAAUUGUGUUCAGUAGUAACAGCUGUAGUGCUCUUCAGGGUCGAAGGACGUUUACAUCUGGAAUUUUAUUGGUGCUGGGAAAGACCCUUGAGAGAUCCUGUAGGCGACACAGCUGCUGGGAAAUAGGUGGCCUGAGGCCACCUGGGGCAGUUGAGGAAAACGUUUAUAAAAUGCUAGAAGGCGCGGUGGAGUGACCGGGGUGAUUUAGGGAAUAAAGUGAAAGGCGUUUGAUGAUAGAAUUGGAGACUGACUUUGGACUGACCUUUGGUCUCUCACUGUUUAAGAAUUUCAGGAAAGACUUAGCAGGAGAACGCUUUUUUUUCUUCUUCUUCUUCUUUUUCUUGCCGUAUGGGGAUGGAACUCAUGACCUUGCACUUGCGAGAUUUCAGAAGAAAUUGGAAGCUUCCUUUCCCAAAACAAUUCUGAGCCAAGGAACAGAUAACCGCUACCUGGUCUUAGCCGUUGACAUUGUGCAGAACAAAGGAAGCUACGAAAAACACCUAAUCAUCACUGCAUCUUGGUCACUAGAAUGUAAAGAACAGUGCAUCCUUAGGAAUGACUGGUGUUCUGUACCAGUACAGCCAGGGGACAUCAUUCAUUUGGAAGGAGACUGCUCAUUUGAUACUUGGAUAAUAGAUAAAGAUUUUGGAUUUUUGAUCCUAUAUCCAGACAUGCUGAUUUCUGGUACAAGCAUAGCCAGUAGCAUUCGAUGUAUGAGAAGAGCUGUCCUGAGCGAAACUUUUCGGAGCUCCGAUCAAGCCACACGCCAGAUGCUGAUGGGUACAGUUCUCCAUGAAGUAUUUCAGAAAGCAAUAAGUGAUAGCUUUGCACCAGAAAAGUUAAAAGAACUUGCUUUUCAAACUGUUCAAGAAAUAAGACAUUUGAAGGAAAUGUACCGCUUAAAUUUGAGUCAAGAUGAAAUAAAACAAGAAGCAGAGGAGUAUCUCCCUUCCUUUUCCAAGUGGGCUGGAGAUUUCAUGCGUAAGAGUGCUUCGGCUGACUUCCCUCAGAUGCAGCUUUCCCUGCCAAGUGAUGGUAGUAAUAAUAAUUCAACAUGUAGCAUUGAAGUCGUAAGCUCACUGGAUAUCGAAGAAAGCAUUUGGUCCCCUAGGUUUGGCAUGAAGGGCAAAAUAGAUGUUACAGUUGGUGUGAAAAUACAUCGAGGUUGUAAAGCAAAGUAUAAAAUCAUGCCACUGGAACUUAAAACUGGCAAAGAAUCCAAUUCCAUUGAACACCGUGGUCAGGUGGUUCUGUACACACUGCUGAGCCAGGAGAGGAGAGCAGAUCCCGAGGCUGGCUUGCUUCUUUACCUCAAGACUGGGCAGAUGUACCCUGUGGCUGCCAAGCAUCUGGAUAAAAGAGAAUUAUUAAAGCUAAGGAACCAGAUGGCAUUCUCUUUGCUGCACCGUACUAGCAAAUCUGCUACUGGAAAGGAGAAGACACAGCUUGCUUCUUUGCCUCAAAUAAUUGAGGAGGAGAAAAUCUGUAAAUAUUGUUCACAAAUGAACAACUGUGCUCUUUAUAGCAGAGCAGUUGAACAACAGAUGGAGGAUGUUUCGGUCCCAGUGGUUAUGUUGCCCAGAAUAAAAGAAGCUACCAAGCAUCUGAAGCUGACACACUUACAGUAUUUCAGCGUUUGGUGUCUCAUGUUAACCCUGGAGUCACAAUCAAAAGACAGCAGAAGGAAUCACCAGAAUAUCUGGCUCAUGUCUGCUUCUGAAAUGGAGGAGAGUGGUAGCUGCAUCGGAUAUCUGAUCAGAACAGAAUGUGUACAGAGAGUUUGUGAUGGACAAUACAUACAUAACUUCCAACGUAAACAUGGUGCCAUGCCUGUCACAAAUCUAAUGGCAGGGGACAGAAUUAUUUUAAGUGGAGAAGAUAGAACAUUGUUUGCUUUGUCCAGAGGAUAUGUGAAAGAGAUUAACAUGACAACAAUAACCUGUUUAUUAGACAGGAAUUUGUCAGUACUUCCAGAAUCAACUUUGUUCAGAUUAGACCAGGAAGAAAAAAAUUGUGAUAUAGACACCCCAUUAGGAAAUCUCUCUAAAUUGAUGGAAAACACUCAAGCCAGCAAAAAACUUCGAGAUUUAAUCAUUGACUUUCGAGAGCCUCAGUUUAUACCCUACCUCAGUUCUGUUCUUCCACAUGAUGCAAAGGAUACAGUUGCCAGCAUUCUAAAGGGUUUGAAUAAGCCUCAGAGACAAGCAAUGAAAAAGGUUCUUCUUUCAAAAGACUACACUCUCAUCGUGGGUAUGCCCGGGACAGGAAAAACCACCACCAUUUGUACCCUUGUGAGAAUCCUCUAUGCCUGUGGUUUCAGUGUUUUGUUGACCAGCUAUACACAUUCUGCUGUUGAUAAUAUUCUUUUGAAAUUAGCCAAGUUUAAAAUUGGAUUUUUGCGUUUGGGUCAGACUCAGAAGGUUCAUCCAGAUAUCCAAAAAUUUACAGAGGAGGAAAUCUGCAGAUCAAAAUCCAUUAAAUCCUUAGCUGUUCUAGAAGAACUGUACAAUAGUCAACUUAUAGUUGCAACAACAUGUAUGGGAAUAAACCAUCCAAUAUUUUCCCGUAAAACUUUUGAUUUUUGUAUUGUGGAUGAAGCCUCUCAAAUCAGCCAACCAGUUUGCCUGGGGCCGCUUUUUUUUUCUCAGAGGUUUGUGUUGGUUGGAGAUCAUCAGCAGCUUCCUCCCCUGGUGCUAAACCGUGAAGCAAGAGCUCUUGGGAUGAGUGAAAGCUUGUUCAAAAGGCUGGAGCAGAAUAAGAGUGCUGUAGUACAAUUAACUGUGCAGUAUAGAAUGAACAGCAAAAUCAUGUCCUUAAGUAAUGAGCUGACCUAUGAAGGAAAGCUGGAGUGUGGGUCAGACAGAGUGGCUAGUGGAGUCAUAAGCCUACCCAACUUUAAAGAUGUGAAGCUGGAACUGGAAUUGUAUGCUGAUUAUUCUGACAGUCUCUGGCUGAAUGGAGUAUUUGAGCCGAACAAUCCUGUUUGCUUUCUUAAUACAGAUAAGGUUCCAGCACCAGAACAAGUUGAAAAAGGUGGUGUGAGCAAUAUAAUCGAAGCCAAACUCAUAGUUUUCUUGACUUCAACUUUUGUUAAGGCUGGAUGUAAUCCCUCUGAUAUUGGUAUCAUUGCACCAUACAGGCAGCAAUUAAAGAUCAUCAGUGAUUUAUUGACACGUUCCUCUUUUGGGAUGGUCGAAGUUAAUACAGUAGACAAAUACCAAGGAAGAGAUAAAAGAAUAAUCCUAGUAUCUUUUGUUAGAAGUAAUAAGAAUGGAACUCUUGGUGAACUCUUGAAAGAUUGGCGACGUCUUAAUGUUGCUAUAACCAGAGCCAAACAUAAACUGAUUCUCCUGGGGUGUGUGCCCUCACUAAAGCGAUAUCCUCCUUUGGAGAAGCUGUUUUGUCACCUAAACUCAGAAAAAUUAAUCACUGAUCUUCCAUCAAGAGAGCACGAAAGUCUCUGUCACAUACUGGGAGAUUUUCAAAGAUGAAGCACUUUUUCUUGCCUAUUCGUAUUAGGGCAAUGUCUCCUUGCUGUUGCCUUGUAUUCCUAAUUUUGGUUUGCUCAAAAACAGAGCCUGGUUAAACUGUGAAGAUAACUUUUAUUCAAAGGGUGCACUGCAAAGUUCCAGUUCUUUCCUUGCUUCUUUUCCCUCCCCUCCCCUCCCCUCCCCUC